AUGCAUGGCGUCGUCAAUGUGAUUCAAACGCCUGUUGCAGAGACUGAGAGUCAAGAAGGAAGUAAGACUCACCUAUCCUCCCAGCCUCUAGAACAACAGAAUUUAACUCAUCUCUCCUUCUCCGGGCAUCAGGUGUACGUUUCCUCAAUGAAACAAAAUCGGGCCUUACGGGAGUUGAGUACGCCCGCUCAAAUGAACGACUCAGGUCAUAAGCUCGGUUUCGCUUUCCGGUGCGAGCUCAUGAACCCCGACAUUGAUGGGGCUCCCCAUUUACAUUCCACUCUGACGUUCGAUGACCCGCACGCGUACGGAGGUGAUCCCGUUCUUCCCUACUCAAGCAACCGAGAUCUGUCUACUACUCCUCACAAUCCAUUAAACUCGCCCAACAUGCGCUUCAACGUCAUCUCCGUCGCCGUGACCGCCCUGGCCUUCUUCUCGCAACAAGUCUUAGCACAAGAGGCUUGCCAGAGCACGGCAGACUGCAUCCAAAACUGCGGUGGCUUUGCGGACAAGUUGUGCCGUCUCCCUGGCAAUAUCUGCGAGUGUGUUCCGUACUAG